CCCCUCCCUCCAAUAAUUUCUCUCUCUCUUGAUCACAUUCCCUUUGCUUUGCACCCUACCUUUCUGAUUCUCACUCAAAAAAUCCCAAUUCCUUAAAAUGAUUCUGAUUCAGAAAACAAUAGCGAAGACUCCAGCCUUAAGAAUGUUCUCUUAAUUACUGAACCAGUCGGGAUACCAAUAAAUAUACUUAAUUACUGCAUUAUGUGUUUGCCUGGUGAUUUAUUCAGGUUCUUCUUCGGGCAAGCCGAAGUUCCGUUUCCGGUGGGCUCUUGAUUCUAUUUAUAGGGAGAUGAUGGGAUAUAUUUAUUGACAUAUUCUAUAAUAUAUUUGAGAGAAUAUUUCUUGGCCAAUACUUCGGUGUGUCGAAAUGGAGCUGCUGUGAAGGAAAGAUUUGGGGUGUCGCAAUCCACUUUAGACUUACAACUCCUUAAAUGGUUUGUUAAUUUACAUUCACUUUUUCAGCAGCAAUGCAUGAAUUUAUCUUUUGUUUUCUUGCUCAUGGUUAUGUAACCAAUAGAGCUUAUAAACUGAAAAAGCAUUUAGAAUAUAAUAAUCUAUGAUAUAUGGAGAAUUUCCUGCAGAUCACAAGAAAGUCCUUUAGAAAUUUCCCAGCAUCGACAUUGUAAAACCCCAGCAGCCCUUCCCAACAGUAAAAUGGUGCAAGAGAUAGACAGCAAAGUGAUUGAAGUGUUACCCAUUCCAUAUGAGGAUAUUUCUCAGGCAGCUACUGAAGCAUCUGAUAAGUUUGUUUACGAGGACAGUACAGUUGCCUAUGGUCAAGGUGAGAAACCCGUUCUUCCUGACAAUUUGGACAGGCUAGAUCUGUACGUGAGAGAUGUCAGGAAAAUCAUUAUGCAUCUACAGUUCUGGUGUCAGUGAACAAUUAAGAAAAAGAAUACAGUUGAGGAAACAGCAAAUGGGAGCAAGUUGUCUUAAGCAGAGUAAUGAAGUAAGGAGACUUUUCAGCCUGAUUCCAUUUAGUCUUGAAGACAGGUAUCAGAUAUUGCCAAAGAUGAUCCCUUGGGAUUUCCCUUCUUGGCUUUCUGAACUAGUUGAGAAGGAGAUCACAAUGUUAUUAUGCAUGAUGGAAAAAAGUGGUGUCUUCACCGAGGUCAUUGAAGAUAAAUUUGAUGAUAAAGAUAUUCAGAACUAUUUCGAGAAGCAUAUUUAUGAAAUAGACAGUAUAGAAGCCAAGAAGAAAGCAAUGUUAAGCAAGAAUUGCUUUGAUCAUGAUUCGAUUCUUCAAACACCCCAGUUCCAUUCUUUCGGAGAAGCAGCAAGAGAACUUCUGAUUCUGAAGGUAAUGACAGAGUGCCAAGAAGUCCUGACAAGGAUAUUGGCAUUGAAUUUUUCCUUGAAAAUGAUGACGAAUUUUCCUCCCGUCAUCCAACCAUGCAAAAAGGCCGAUGCUCAUCAACUGACCUGCAACUUUGUUCCGAGUCAGAAACUGGAAGAAAGCCAUUAUCUAUGUUCAGAAACGGUAGUUCACUUAAAUGUAAAAUACAAGUGCAUAUCAGUUGAUUUAUCAUAUGUGCCAGAAUUAUCAUAUGUUCUUGGGACUGAAAAUAAUGAUGGAACAAAACUAUUAUUUGGUAAGGUAUCUUGCGCCUAAGUGGCCAGGCAGAAAUUUUAGAAGAAGCUUCAGUGAGUAAUGAAUUCAGAUAAAACAUAUUGCCCAA